UCCCUUCUCUUCCUUCUUCUUCUUCUUCUUUUCUCUUGUGCGCAAUAUAUUUUUGUACAUAUAAAUAUAUUUCUUUGGGGGGUUUUCUUUUACCUUUCUUUUAUCUUGCUAUUAUUCUAAACACACGGUACUCCCCUAACAGUAAUGAUUUUCUCGUUACGGGUAUCGUUGUUGAGGAAUCUGAGGAGUUUUGGAUGUAAAAAGUGGCAGUUAUAACAUUAGAAAAACAAGAAGAAGAGAAACAAACGCACACGAGUGUCCGAGAGAGAAAAAGGAGUGCUUAGUUUGAUUGAUGUGAUCAUCAAAAAUAAACGGCUCUUUCUGGCUUUUUCUUACCAUCUUUUUCCUCGCUAUAUUUGUUCUCUUGGGAGGGAAGAGGAAGGGGGAAGUAUGGUGGGUGGCAGCAAUCCAGGCCAGUACAAUGACACAACUUUUACCAAAAUCUUUGUCGGAGGAUUGGCCUGGGAGACCCAGAGAGAUACCAUGAGGCGUUAUUUUGAGCAGUUUGGAGAGAUCUUGGAGGCUGUUGUUAUCACAGAUAAGAACACUGGGAGAUCCAAGGGCUAUGGCUUUGUUACAUUUAAGGAUCCAGAGGCAGCCGUGAGAGCUUGUCAAAACGCAUCUCCGGUGAUUGAUGGAAGAAGGGCAAACUGCAAUCUUGCAUCACUUGGUGCACACAAGACUCGUCCGCCAACUCCUCAACAUGGCGCAGGACGGUUUAGACCAGCACCUGGAUUGGUGGCUCCACCUGUUUAUCAUGGUUCUUCAUCAUCAUAUAUCCAUCAACCCACUGGGCAAUACACAUUUCCUUAUUCAACUUAUGGGUACACUGGAUAUUCACAAGACGCCAUAUACCCUUUGAAUUACUAUGGGGUAUACGGAGGUCAACAAUUUUCCCCUUAUUACUCUACUGGUGUAUCAGGAACGCCAGGGAUGUUCCAUAACUUCUAUCCACUUUAUACACAGUAUGGACAGAGUAGCCAAGGUCAUGGCUUUGGAGUUCAAUAUCCCCAAAUGGUACAGUACCCAUAUUUACCUCAGCAAUAUGGCUCUACAGGAAUUUUAUCACUUCCUUCUUCCAUGGCAAUGGCGACUGCUGCCACAGGUGCAACAACAAUGACAAUUCCUAUGAUUGCGACAACAACAAUCUCCACGACAACACCGGUAGGGGUGGUGGGAGCGGGACCAGGUGCUUUGCAAGCCUCUGGAACGGCUUCUGAGCAAAAUUCAUCAACCUAAUAAGCUUGGAAAAUUCGUUUUUCUUUUCACAAGCUAACAAUAUAGCAUGUGGUGAAAAGGGUCAAAGAGCAGUACGAAGGAAAUGAAUCACCCAAAACAUUCUUAAGUCACUGGUUCAAGUUCAAGAGAAGGAUGCCUGAUCAGCUAGCAUAACAAAACAGAGGAAAUCCAAGAAUUCGGCAUCAGAUUUGUUCAUUCGUGGAAACUGGCAUUUUUAGAUGCAAAGCUCACUCCACUAACCGUCUUCAAUUAAAAUAUCCAUUCAAACCCCAACACUGUCAACUUCAUCAUUAUACAUGUUUGGUUAAUUAAGACACUAGGAAGUCUAAGUAGUUGUUAGCAUUAGGAGAAGAAAUCAUAUUCAUUUCAUGUAUAAGCAUAAGGUGGAAGCCAAUAUUGGCUUUGGAUUCUACCUGAGUACUAAUUGUCAGGUGACUAUGUCUCGGGCGCAGAGAGCAUCCGAUGAUGUACUCUUGUUUAUAUUUGGCACUACUUGGGUUGGAAGAUCGAUUUUAUAUCUUCCAACCCAAAUUUGGUCAACAAGGAGGGAAAAGUGAGUUAGGAUAGCUCAGCCAUUUAACUUGUAAUUUUUUUUGUUUUUUCAUUAUUCAUGCUUGAUAUUUUCAUGAUAGGAUUAGAAGAUUAGUUGGGGAAAAAAAGAUGAUGGUGUCUCUCUUUCUUUUUAAAAUUUUAUUUACAGAUAAAUAUUCUCUUUCAACUUUCAUAUAUCGCUUUCAAUUGGGCAUUUCUUUCUUUUUCAA